UGAUAAAACUUAUCAUCCCAAAAAUCUUAAAGAUAAAAACAUGACAUGAUAUAAUUGAUAUUUUCAUAUAUAUCUUUAUAUAGAUUAUCAUAUAAUAUUAAUCUUUUUAGUCAAGAUGAGAUUCUUCUGAAUGUCAAUAAAUGACGCGAAGUAGGUCUCAAAUUAUUUGCUUCAGUCAACCCAAUUUUGAUAGAAACUCUUUCUCUCUCCUAUUUAAGUAAAAAAAAAAACCCAGCUUCAAAUUCAUCCAUAAAAGCUGGGUUUCUAAUUUUUUUGGGGAAAUCAUAAGUUUUGAUACAAUGGAAAAACACCCAGAAAUGGAUUCAGGAGAAAAAAGGCUAAAUGAAUUGGGUUACAAGCAAGAACUUAGAAGAGAAAUGACUUUGUUUAAAACACUGGCAAUAUCAUUCUCAACAAUGACACUGUUUUCAGGAAUAACUCCUCUGUUUGGUUCAAGUUUGCAAUAUGCAGGGCCUGCAAGUCUUGUAUGGGGGUGGGUUGUUGUUUGUUUCUUCACUAGUUUUGUUGGUGUUGCUAUGUCUGAGAUUUGCUCCUCUUUUCCGACAACAGGCUCCCUUUACUUUUGGGCUGCACAUUUAGCUGGGGCGAAAUGGGGCCCAUUUGCAUCGUGGUGUUGUGCAUGGUUCGAGACUAUAGGUCUUGUCGCUGGCAUAGGUACUCAGGCUUAUGCAGGAACAGAAGUCCUGCAGAGUAUCAUUUUGCUUUGCACUGGAACAAACAAAGGUGGAGGAUACUUCGCUCCAAAAUGGUUGUUUGUAUGCAUAUAUAUUGCAAUGACACUAAUAUGGGCUGUGCUAAAUACAUUUGCCUUGGAGGUCAUUGCCUUCAUUGAUAUAAUUUCGCUGUGGUGGCAGAUGAUUGGUGGCGUAGUCAUCGUGAUUCUGCUUCCUCUAGUGGCUCUAACUACAAAGCCAGCCUCAUAUGUUUUCAGUCACUUUGAAAUGGCGAGCUCUACUGGGAUAACAAGUAAACCAUAUGCUGUCAUGUUAUCCCUACUUGUUAGCCAGUAUUCACUGUAUGGAUAUGAUGCAGCAGCACAUCUCACUGAAGAGACAAAAGGAGCAGACAAGAAUGGACCUAUUGCAAUUCUCUCUAGUUUAGGGAUCAUUUCAGUAUUUGGAUGGGCAUACAUCCUUGCCCUCACUUUCAGCAUUCAGGAUUUGAGCUACCUCUAUGAUCCGAGCAAUGAGACUGCAGGAGCAUUUGUGCCAGCCCAGAUACUUUAUGAUGCAUUUCAUGGAAGAUAUCACAACUCUGCUGGAGCAAUUAUAUUGCUUGUCAUGAUUUGGGGAUCUUUUUUCUUUGGCGGACUUUCUAUCACUACUAGUGCCGCGAGAGUGGUAUAUGCAUUAUCCAGAGAUGGGGGAGUUCCAUAUUCAUCCAUCUGGCGAAAAAUUCACCCAAAGCAUAAAGUUCCUGCUAAUGCAGUGUGGCUCUGUGCAGCAAUCUGUAUUCUUCUUGGGCUACCAAUAUUGAAACUCGAUGUAGUCUUCACAGCCAUAACAUCCAUUUGCACAAUAGGGUGGGUAGGUGGCUACGCGGUUCCAAUCUUUGCGAGAAUGGUGAUGGCGGAGGAGAACUUCAAACCCGGGCCAUUUUAUCUUGGAAGAGCUAGCAGGCCAGUUUGCUUCAUUGCAUUUGUAUGGAUCUGUUAUACCUGUGCUGUCUUUCUUUUACCAACUUACCUUCCUGUCAAAUGGGAUACUUUCAAUUAUGCUCCUGCUGCUUUAGGUGUAGUUUUGGGUUUGAUUAUGCUUUGGUGGGUUGUAGAUGCUAGGAAAUGGUUUAAAGGACCUGUUAGGAACAUUGAAAGCCAAAAUGGCAAAGUUUGAAAUUUUUUCCACGUUUAAGUAUUCAAAUUUUUAUUGAUAUUAUUAGACCUCUCCAAAAUUAGCCAACCACAAGAUUUGUAAUUGAUUACAUUGCAUUUUUAUGUUAGUGUGUAUGAAAAAUCUCAUAAUAAAAAAAAAAUGGAUUUCGUGCUA